AUGCUAUACACAUCUGUACCAGUCUGCUUCCUCCUCAUCAGUUGCGCAGUAGCACUGCCUGAGCACGCGCCAUCUAGUGACGCUGUGGAACCUGAGGGCGACCCCCCCUCCCCGCCGCACCCAGCCCCCCUCGAGAAGAGGUCCCCCCAUUACGACUUCGGACUCGGCAAGAGAGCAUACAGCUACGUGUCUGAAUAUAAAAGACUGCCUGUUUAUAACUUUGGAUUGGGAAAAAGGUCAAGACCAUACUCGUUCGGGCUCGGCAAGCGGUCGAUUUCAGACGAACAGACAAACGAGAUCUCAAACGAUGUGGACCCAGCAUCAUUAGCCGAAUUCCUGAACCAGUAUGACGAGGAAUCUGGGUACGACGAAAAACGCGCCCGUCCCUACAGUUUUGGGCUGGGUAAACGUUUCUACGAAGACUCUUCGGAAGAGAAACGAGCAAGAAUGUAUGAUUUUGGCCUGGGUAAACGCUUACCCAUGUAUAAUUUUGGCCUGGGCAAACGAGCGAGGAACUAUAACUUUGGCCUGGGCAAACGACUGAGCAGCAAGUUUAACUUUGGCCUGGGCAAAAGGGAGAGGGACCUCAAUCGGUUCAGUUUCGGCCUGGGCAAACGGUCAGAUGUGUCCAAUGACGAUUCCGAAAAUUACUCCGACGUUUAAGACUUAUGUUUAGAAUAAUUCCGAUUUGCGCGGGACUUUUUCCGUUUUAAUUUUCAUUUUCUUUGUUUAAUAUAAUUGUUUUGAGUUCUGGUAUUUUUAUGAAAUAGUAGUAUGUUUAAUAUUUUUUAUUUAGAAAAAAAAUAUCCAUUUUUUUUGAAAUUUAAACCUGUAAAUUAUUUAACCAGUAAUAAGUGAAAAAUUUUGCUAUAUUUUUUGUAUUUUGCUUUCGAGUUAAAUAUUUUUCAGUCGCUUGCUAUUCUUUAUGUAUUAUCGUAGAAUUUGUGCUAAAAGUAUUCUUGUGAAAAACCCAGCCAUUUUCACAAGGAAAUUAGAAAUGUUAUCUGUUGCUUUUUUUUUUCUUUUGAAGUUAAAACGAAAAAAGUUCCGUGACUACUAAAAAAAAAUAUUUAUGAAACCGACUGGAAUUUUGUCUGAUUGUGUUGAAAGAAAUUAAAUAAAAAUGAAUUGGAAAUAUAAAAAUAUUAGAUAAAUCCUGUAAUAAGACAGAGUAAAAUAUUUUUCAUUAUAUUAACGCAAUAUUCGUUUGAAAAUUACGUUUGUAAUUCGCCAAUUAAAUCUUGUAAUUGUAUUCUGUUAGAGUGUUGUUGUAUCAUCUUGAUUUUGUAAAUUAUUGUUAACAAUUUAUAGUUAUUACUUAAAAGUUAAAUAGAUAGUUAAUUUUAAUGUUCUUGUCAUCAUAGAGUUAUGAAUCGUAGUAAACCGUUAUAUAUUAUAAAAAAUUUAAAGGAUCCUUAAAGGAACAUUUUUUGAAAUAGGUUUUUUAUUUUUUUCAGCUUAUUGUUUCAAUCAAUCAAUUAAUCAAUAAAUUGUUAUUUGUUUAAACAGGUAAGGUAGACAAAAAAGCUAUUUCAAUUAAUUAUAAUAUAUAUUGUUACUUAAUUUAAUGAUUUAUUAUAAGUGAUUAUAAUGAUUUAGUACUAUUGUUUAAUAAAUAAAGAUAUUUAUCAUAUAUCAACUACAUACGCGAUUUUUAACUCUAAGAACUGAGGUUCAGUCAAUUUUGACGUCAAUUUUGUCAAUUUUGUCGAAGUUUUGUCUUAUCGGUGGCGGACGCACGGGUUAAAUUUAACGUCAAAGUUGACUGGUGCAACCUACUCUAAGUAAGGUAAUGUAAGUUUCUUUAAGACUUAACAUUUGUUGUUUUAAAUAUAACCCUAUUACGAGUAUACAAGUCAAAUUAAAUUAUACAAAUAAUAGAGAUUGCAUCAUUG